AUGGGUAGUGGAGCAAGUGCUGAAGAUAAGGAACUUGCUAAGAGAUCAAAGGAGUUGGAAAAGAAGCUUCAAGAAGAUGGAGAUAAAGAGGCGAAGACUGUUAAGCUACUUCUGUUAGGUGCUGGCGAGUCAGGGAAGAGUACAAUUGUCAAACAGAUGAAAAUUAUCCAUCAAGAUGGCUACACAGAAGAAGAAUGUCUGGAGUUCAAAGCAAUCAUAUAUAGCAACAUACUUCAAUCCAUCUUAUCAAUCAUCAGGGCCAUGUCUACUCUAGGCAUAGAUUUUGCUGAUUCAGGCCGAGCGGAUGAGCAACGGCAGCUGUACAGUUUGGCCGAUUCGAUUGAAGAGGGUACCAUGCCCCCAGAAUUGACGACUUGUAUAAAGAAACUAUGGGCUGAUGGAGGAGUUCAAGCCUGCUUUGACCGAGCAGCUGAAUAUCAGCUCAAUGAUUCUGCUUCAUACUAUCUUAAUCAGCUGGACAGGAUCACUGCUCCUGGCUAUCUUCCCAAUGAACAGGAUGUAUUGCGAUCCCGAGUUAAGACCACAGGUAUCAUAGAGACAAAGUUUUCUGUCAAGGAUCUUAAUUUCAGAAUGUUUGAUGUAGGUGGGCAGAGAUCAGAGCGUAAAAAGUGGAUCCACUGCUUUGAAGGGGUGACCUGCAUCAUCUUCUGUGGCGCUCUUAGUGCCUAUGACAUGGUCUUGGUAGAAGACGAUGAUAUGAACCGCAUGCAUGAAUCUUUGCAUCUCUUCAACAGUAUAUGUAAUCACAAGUUCUUUGCUGCCACUUCUAUAAUUCUUUUCUUGAAUAAGAAGGACCUCUUUGAGGAAAAAAUCAAGAAAGUACAUCUCAGCAUUUGCUUCCCUGACUAUGAUGGCCCCAAUACAUUUGAAGAUGCAGGCAAUUACAUCAAGCUUCAGUUUCUUGAUCUAAACAUGAGAAAAGAUGCAAAAGAAAUUUAUAGCCACAUGACUUGUGCCACAGAUACACAGAACGUCAAAUUUGUAUUUGAUGCAGUAACAGAUGUAAUCAUCAAAGAGAACCUAAAGGACUGUGGUCUCUUCUAAGAUUACAGCUUUUUUAAAGAAAAGGUAAUUAUAUUCAAUUAUCUGUUCCUCAAGUAGGAAUUAGGCAGCAAGUAUACUGUAGCAUUUCCUUACCUAUGCUUGUAACUAUACUUACUUCUGAACAUUAGUGCUUAAAGUCAAAUGUGCAUAAUAACUAAAUGCAAACAGUAGCCAAGUCAGCUGGGCUACAUAUGUAAUAGGAAGUAGCAGUUAAAUUGCAACAGGAUGCUUGCAUUAAAACUAUGCAAGUACUCUGCUAUUUCAGUUCUUUUGCUACAAUAAUUUGCGAUAAUUAUUAUAUCACCAUUGCCAAAUUCUUUGCUUAGCAAUUAUUUCUAAAACAGGUUUGAAGAUACUAAUGCAACAGAAGAGGAAUUUUAAGAAAAUCACAGGUGAUUUUGAAACAACCUCAUGCAUUACUAUAAGCAAAAUCAAAGUUGGUGCUCAGUACAGGACUUGGGAGUUUUUAAAAGUAAAUAGUCUCUCUUGAAUAAACUUAUAGUGACUACAUGGUCACAUCCAUGGGGGGGGGGAGAAAGCAGGAUUGAAAAGGAGGAAGUGGUUGGCCCUUGUCUUAUUUCAGGAUGUGUUUUUUUUUCCAAUAUACCUGGGAUUUCCUAGUAGCCACCCCAGCCAAGAAUUAGCCAUGUACAAUUCUAUUUAAGCUUUUUCAAGUGCUUACAUGGUAUUAAAUGUAUAAGGAUGCAAUUAUUUCCAAAACAUCUGCAGAAUCUGUAGAUAUUGGCAGACUUCACAUGCCAUGACCACUGAACACAAUUAGUAGGUUAGGGUUUAAGCUGAAAAACAUUUGAAGGUAUGCAUGCAGGUAUGUAUAUACGUAUGUAUAUAUGUAUAUAUGUAUGUAUAUACAUAAGGUAUGCAUGCAUGCAUGCAUGCAUGUAUAUAUGUAUAUACGUAAGGCAUGCAUGCAUAUAUGUAUGUACAUAAAACAUAUAUCUACAUCUUUGACAUUCUUUUGACAACUUGUAGUUCAAAUGUAAUUUGAUUUCAUUAUUUAAAAUAUCUCAUCUUCAUCUAUCAGGAAUGAGGGCUUCCAGUGAGCUUCACCAUUCUGCUGAGCAGAGCCAACGGAACCAGCAGUCAUUCGGGAAUCUAUACUUCUCCAUAGAAGAUAAACAAUUCUAACAAGAUAACAGUUCCCACCCAAGACAAACAAUUCUAACAAGAACACGCCAUCAAAAAAGUUAAGAGUCUCCAAUCUAUGAAAGUGGAAAGUGUUACAUACGGGCAACAAUGAAGUCAAACUGGUUUACAAACAAUGAAUUUAUGUCAAACACUGAUUCUCUGCAUUUUAACUAUUUAUAAAUAAGACAUAAUUCUUUCACAGGAAAAACACAAUCAGUGUUUUGGGGUCUUAUUUAACAGAACUGUUCAUUUUAAAAACAAUGGUGUGAAUGUCCAAGUCUAAAAACUGUACAUUGUAUAUAGAAAUGAGGCAUUUUCAAAAUUUAAAUCUUUUAAAGAUAGAUCAAACACACAAUGUAUUUGCAGUUGUCUGAAACAGGUGCAAUUAGAACCCAGUGUCUUAAAAAAAAGUUUUCUAGUGUUUAAUUCAGUGAACCUAGAAUGGGUCUGUUCCCCCAUGCUCAUAGAAUACAGCAGUGUUUUAAUACCUGCUGUGAAUACAUCUUGUCUAUCUGUCUUCCUAAUCCUGUGGUAAUGAACAUACACAUAUACAGCUUCAACCCACUGAUAUCACAGGAGCAGAUAACUUCUCAACACCCGCAUAGGGAACAGAGGGAUACAAAAAUAAAACAGUUGUAUCAGGUGUUUCAUCCUCUUUAGAGCUGUAUUGUUUCUCAACAUUUGUAAACAAGUUGUAUUGUUAGACAAGGUACCACUUGUGUUAAGAUGCACUGCAAAUAAUUGCUCAUGCAGCUUCAAAUAAAUGUAAGAGAUAAAAAAUAAAUUUGCAUUAAAAAGUAUGGGUGCAUAGUUGAAAAGUAAUUUCUUCCAUUCCUCUUCACAUUCCUUCUUGCCAUAAACAUUCCUCUUCACAUUUUCUUUUGAAAAAUAUCUGCUGUGAUUUAUAUACCGUUUACAGGAACUGAAGUGGUGGCUCAAUACAUUAUUAAUUUAUACAAUAUAUUCCCAAGAUUUGAAUACAUGUUCAUGCUUGUAUGAAAUCGGUCUUAAACUAAUUAAGUAACCUGUAAUAUGCUCUCAUUAUUUUUUUAAAAAUGUACAGGUCACCUUAGAUGAUUGAUUUAUUAGAUUCAUGCAUUUAUGAAGCGUGUUCUCCCACUUGUACACUCAGAAACCUAGUAAGGUAUUUAUUUAUAGCAUCUUAUUUAUGAGUAAAACAUUAUCACGUCUUUUGCUAAAAUACUUUUAAUAGUAGCAAGAGACCUGGUUUGGUGUAGGAUGGGAAACUGGGAGACAGUUCUAGCCAUGCCUUAGGCAAGAAAGCCAACAGGGUGACUUUGGGCCAGUCACUCACUUUCAGCCCAAUCCACUUCACAGGGUUGU